AUGAUUUCAGUUUCCAUGGGUCGUAAACAAGGAAAAGUGAAAUUUUUCAAUUGUCAAAAAGGCUAUGGGUUUAUUAUUCCUAACGAAAUUAUCGGUGAUAAUAGUAAAAUAGAAGAAGUUUUUGUGCAUUAUUCUUCGAUCUAUAAAGAUGGAGAAUUUAAAAGUCUUGCAGAGAUCGAAGAUGAAUUAUGUGAUGCGAUAUCACAAAUAUCUACUGUUGAUGAAAUACAUCCUGAAGCCAUUUAUACAAAUAAAUUUAUCCAUUAUAAUUAA